UAUAAAGCUAACCUAACUUCUAAGACUUGUUCAAAACUCUUUUGGAUGGUUUGUUUUUCAUUUUAUAUUGUAUAAACUAAAUCUAUUAUGAUUCUGGCUGAUACAUAUACCAGUUAGUUAUAUUGAAGCAAAAUUCUGCCAUCUAAAUCCUAGCAAUGUCUCAUAAAAUUCCGUAUACUUCGGAUUUUAACAAGCUUUGUAGGACAUGUUUGAACCCAUUAGAUACACAAGAAACUUUUUCAAUAUACAAAGACAUCCUUGUCGCUAAACACUUGAGUGAAAUAACUAAAGUUCAGUUUGUACACCAUCCAGCAUUGUCUACGGAUUUGUGUUCAAAAUGUUACCAGCAGCUUAAAGCAGCCAUAGAUUUCAAGGAACAAGUACAGAAAGUUGAAUCUCAAUUGAAACAGAUUGCAAUGUUAUUGAACGAAGCUAGUAAAAUUCCUUAUGUUGAAGUUGUAGAAAUUGCUGAUAGUAACAAUUCUGUAAAAGAUACAAAUACACAAGAGGCUUCUACUCAAACUGAAGAAGAUUUACAAUGUACAAAGGAUAAUGAAAGUGUUUUAGAAAGCUCUUCUGUUCAAAAGGGCGAUACAACUGUAAAAAUUGAGAAUGAUAUUGAAAAUAAUCCUUCUAAUCAAGAAGGUGAUAAAGUUGAAGCUCCCCCUCCAAGGAAUCCAUUAGCAUGUUUUUAUUGCGAGAAAGUAUUUACCCACCGAAGUAAUGUUUUGCACCACGAAAGGUCCAUUCAUACAAAGGAAAAAAGACACAAAUGCACCAUGUGUGGUGCCGGGUUUAUGAUUAGAAGAAUGUUAAGACGUCACAUUAAUACUCACCUGAAUAUCAUGCCUUUUUCAUGUGAAAUUUGUAAGAAAAGGUAUUAUUCUGAGCACGAUUUGAAUAAACACAAGGUCAGGCACGAUAGUGAGAGGCGAUACAUGUGUGAUGUUUGUCCAAAGAGAUUCAAGACUUCUGGCAAUUUGUGGCAACACAAACAAACCCAUGGCGAAAAAACGUAUCAGUGUGAACACUGUGGGUACAAGGCGACAUCUUGGACGCUUCUGAGACAACACCAAACCUGCCAUAUCGAGGUGAAAGAAUUCGUUUGCGACAUUUGCGGAAUGAAUUUUAAAUCGAAGAUUCGCCUCGUUAGCCAUAGAAAACUUCACUUCGAUCAUCACAGUAAUAAGAAUAAUGUUCAACCGAAAAAACGCAAAUGUAACGUUUGCGAGAGAUUUUUUGCCAACAAAUAUAGCUUACAUAAUCACAUGCUGAUCCAUACGAAUCAAAAACCACACCCCUGCGACAUUUGUGGUAAAAAAUUCCGAUUUAAAGGUAACAUUAAGAAACACAUAAACAGCUGUCAUGGUAGUAAUGAGUCCACACAUAAAACUGCUGAAUCUUUAAUGUAAAUUGUAUGUUAAGAAAUAUAAGGUUUUUUAAUA